GCAGCUCUGCUGCGCGGCGCCUGACAGUGGAGCGCGCGACACGAGCACGGCGAGUCGUGGACGGCGGGGGAGCUGCGCUGCGAUACCACAACUGCCGCGGCGAGGCAGAGAGCCAGAGCGAGCGAGGGGGCGAGAGGGCGGCAGAUCGGCGCAGUGCGAGAUCGCGACUGGCGCGCGCAAGUGUGUCGGGGAUGUGAUCGGGGCAUCGGCCGCGGCCACGAGUGCGCGAUGGAGGACGAGGCGGCCGCGGGUCGGCGCGCCAGCGCGGCGGCCGGCUGACGGCUGCAGCAUGCGCUGGCUGCACCCGCGCCCUAGAAGGUUGCCGGGCAGCGCGACCGCGCACCGACCGCGCCGCAAGGCCAGGCUCCGACCAGAGCGCUGCUGAGCCGCGCCAGCCCGCCUUGUCUCGCUCUCCUCCUGCUCCUCCUCGUCGGCAGCCUCCGAUCAGCGACUCACCAGCCUGCCAAGGUAUGGCGGGCGGCGGCAACAGCAGCAGUGGCAGCAGCGGCAGCGGCGGCGGCGGCGGCGGCGGAGGCGGCGCGGGCCCAGCGACCACGACGGCGGCGGCGGCGGCGGCGGCGGCAACGAGGAGCGCGAUGCCGGAAGCCGCGCCGACGCUCAGCGAGCGGGAGCAGCUGAAAAUCGAGUUCUACAAGACCUACGACGUGAUGACCGGGGUGAGGAUAGCCGCGACCCUCGGCGGCUUCUUCAGCCUGAUGGUGCUGCUGGUGGUCUACAAGAGCAGGCGUAGGUGCAAGUCCAACCGGCAGCUGGAGGACCCGCGGCUGACGGCGGCGGCCGAGGCGGCGGUGGCCGAGGCUGAGGCCGAGGAGCGCGCGCUGGCCGCGGCGAUCGAGGCGCUCGCCAGGCAGCAGCCGCAGCCGGCCCGCGGCCCGCGGAGGUCGCUCUGCGUGGAGGUGGCGGAGCCGCGGCCGCCGCUGGCGGCGCCGCGCUUCGCCUCGGUGGGCGGCUGCUACGACUCGCUGCUGCUGGCGGCGCCGGCGGGCGGCGCCGGCGCGCCGCAGCGCCGCUGCAGCUCCGUCACCUGCAGCAGCACGGCCAGCAGCUACCUGGAGCGGCGCGGCUCGGCCGCGGCCAUGCCCUGCCUGCCGGCGCCGCCCGCCUACCCGCGCCAGCACGGCUGGCGCCGCUGCCGGCCCGUGGACAUCCAGGUGACCCAGCCCACGCCCGAGCUGUCGCCGUGCGCGAGCGAGGCGGGCCUGUGCCCGCGCCGCGCGCCCCUCGCCUCCAUGGGCAGCGUGGACCCGCCGGAGGCGGACUCGCUGCGCUCGCUCGGCUCCGACUCGGUUUUCGCGCCGCCCGACACCGAGGACGAGGUCUCGGGCUUCUCCACCGACUCCAGCGACGGCCCGGUGCCCAGCCAGCCGGGCCGCCGCCAGCGCCUCGGCCUGCCGCCCGGCAGGCGCGUCCGGCCGCCCGCGCCCGACAGGUGGGACGGCUGCGCCGGCUGCGUGCCCCGCCGGCGGGCCGCUCGGCGCGCGCGCCUCGCCGCCGCGCCGACGCGCGCGUGCAUGACCAUUAGCGCCUCUGUCGAUGCACCCAGGUCGCCAGUGCUGUCGACGACGACGAGCAGCAGCCAGAACAGCGCGGGCGCGAACGUACUGUGCUCGCCGCCGCCGUCGUCGGCCACCUCGCCCAUCGAGCUGCGACACCGGCCCCAACAGCAGCAGCAGCAGCAGCAGCAGCGACCCAGGCCCAACUCGUCGCCGGUCGCCUGGUCUCAGGAGACACUGUUCUAGGACUUGCUGCCGAACCACUUUCCAGCUCGUCGUGGAAAACUCUGCGAGCGUGUUCGUACGUGCAUGCGUAUAUAUAUAUAUAUAUAUAUAUAUAUGUAUAUAUACGAAGUGCACCGAGAGAUACGGCAAUUAUUUUUAUACGAACGUGAUGAUAAUCAAGUUUGUGGACGAGAGACUAUCGUUGUAAUAAUUAUUAUACACACACACAUAUAUAUAUAUACAUAUACAUAUAUGUCGUGCAUAAGCUGCAGAGCCUAUAUAUAUGCAUCAACAUAUAUAUGAUAUAAUGCUGAACUGAGUGUGUUAAUUUGCUAUAAGACGAACGAAGAACAAAGCAAAAUCUUUACCUACGCUCUAGCCAAGUAAGUUGUUGAUUCGUGAUGAUUGUUAGACAAACCGAGAGCAAACAAAAAAAAAUCAACCAAAAAAAACCUGUAUAUCAAAGUCGCAGCAGCAAGUUUUGUCGAGUUUAACACAGCCCUAGAAUAAAAAAAAAACACAAAAAAGAAAAAAAAGUCCGAUAGAGUCACAUGGUACGGAAAAAAAAAGAAAAAAAUGAAAAAAGAACUCUAAUAACCACGUUGAUCGGUGUUUUCGAUUCGCACGUACAUAUGCGUGUAAAACGAAGGAGAGAACGACGAAAAGAAACGUUUCGUUGUUUUUCUCAUCUUUCUUUUGUUUUUUUUUUUUGGACGCGCCAGCUUGCUAAAUACUCGUCGGUACGCGGUACCUUCCGGCCGGCCGUUCUCUCGAAAUCGUCAGCGCGGCCCGCGCGAGACUCGACGCAGGGCGACGUCGGCAUCGCAAAGAUCGGCUCGCGCAGGCGCUGACGAAGGGCCGAUCGUCCGACUAGCUGGCGCGUGGAGAACGCAGUGGCUAGCCUAGGCGAGCGUCUCUCCUAUCUAUCCUUCUCUCUCUCUGUCUUUCUCUCUCUCUGCUGCGGAUCUACGGCGAGCGCCGAUGGCUGGCAGGCGCGACGGACACGAGCAACGAACCGCGGAACGACGACGCUUUCGGUUUCACCUUCCUCGCCUUUUCCCCAGUGAGCUCUCGGGCUCGGCUGCCGAGAAUCGUCGCGCGGAAUCGUCCGCUACCAGGGCCAACGCCUCGUGUCGUCCGAACACUGCACGCAUGCGCGAUCGCGUUGGAAGCAACGCUCGCGCGCGUCAUUUACGUUAGUGUAGGCCAGUGUAUAUGUAUAUACACGAAAAUAACGUUGCGUUUACUGUCUGCGAAGCAAGGAGAUAUCCGUGCGGAACGUUGCCGUAGGAAUAUUUGUAAACGGAGGGGACAACGCUCACGGCGACGGAGUCCAAUGUUGAAACAACACAAUAACAACUGUACGCUGAAUAAUUAUAUUGUACCAAAGAGUCGGUCCGGGACGAGAUGUCAUUGUCGUUCCCCGCUCGUGCUUCCCGGCGUAUCCCCCCGCGUUCGAGUUUUUAUCGCUGAUGCCUUGUUAAACGAUGCGCGGAAAGCUCGAGGGAUGCCGCGCCACCAAACAGCCAGCGUCUCGCCGAGGACUCGGAUCCCAAGGAGCUUCACGGCGCGCCGGUCGGUUAUUUCGCUCGCGCGGGGACCAGCGAGCACACGAACGACAAUGCCUUCUCGGCAAUCGAAUCGAUCUCCUCGAUCUCGGCCUGUAAAGGAGCUUUAACUCGCAAGUGCUGCCCGAAUUGCCAAAUGUAACAGUCAAACUGUCUCAUAUAGUCGAAGUGUAAUAAAACAAUUUAGUAAGAAAAAAAAACUGCGUUUCGAGGAGGAAACGAAUAAAAACGUUCGUACCAUAGAGAGUGAGAUUAAUAUGUCAUUUACCACAACGGAACUUUGUAGUCUCUUUAAAAGCAAAUUAUUAAAAAACAAAACAAAACGACAAAAAAAAAA